GCACAGCGGUGGCGGCGGCCCCACAACGUCCCGAGUCCACGUCCACAGCGGUGCGCCGUGAGACAGGUCGCGCGGUCCCGUGUCCGCGCGCGUCCAAAGUUGCAGUGUGCGGCCGCGUGUUGUUUGAGUAACGCGGGCGGCGCGUGCGAUGCGAUCCCGGUCGCGGGUUACCGGCGGCACGACGACCACGACGACCACGGCGAUCGCACUGGCACCGGCAUCCGGCGACGGCGACGACGACGACGACGACCAUCACCACGAUCACGACCACUACCACGACCACCGCCACUACCACAACCACCGCGGUCGCGGCGGACCGCGUUAUCGCGUCAUCAUUCGACGUCCCGCCGUCGACGCAUCUCCGCCGACGGGACGACUCCGACCGGACGACUUCGACAUCGACGGACAUGGCCGUGGCGGUGACGAGUCGCUGAACGACGACCACGACGGAAGACGGAGAUCCGGCCACGCUCGCCGAUUCGCCGGCUCGACCAACACAUUCGACUGUUUCGUCACGCGAAUACUAAGCAAUAAUGAGCAUAAAAAAGAAACCCAAAGAAGACGACCACGAAGCACUGGCCGGAGAAGAAGAAGCUGUUACAGAUGGUCGAAACUAUGUACUCGUUCCUCCAGAUGGUGGAUGGGGCUGGUUGGUGCUCUUGGGCAGCACAUUGGUCAACAUGUUGAUUCCAGGCACUCUUAAAUCAUUUGGGGUGCUGUUCGUGGAGUUCACAGAAGCGUUUCAUGCAUCAGAGACCGCAGCCUCUUGGAUACCCGCUAUUUGCUAUUUUCUCUAUUGUUCUUUAGGUCCUGUUUCGAGCUACUUGUCAUCCAUAUAUUCAUAUCGUACAGUAACGCUAAUCGGAGGCACUUUAGCUUCGCUGGGAUUAAUGCUCUGUUAUUUUGCGGAUUCAAUCACAUUUCUGUAUUUCAGUUAUGGCAUGAUGUUUGGCUGCGGUGCGGGUCUGGCGUUCCCCCCAGGAAUAUUCAUCGUGACAUCGUACUUUGUCAAGUACCGCGGGUUCGCAAACGGAGUGGCCAUAUCGGGCAGCUGUCUGGGUUCCAUGUUCCUGCCGCCGUUCCUGGGCUACCUGAUCGAACACUACGGUUACAAGGAGGUGGUGCUGAUACUCGGAGCCCUUACGCUCAACGUGUGGGUGGGCGCGAUGCUGUACCAUCCGGUCGAGCAGCACAUGGUCAAGCAGUACGUGGACGAGUGCGAGUGCGUGGACGACGGACUGGACAGCGGUGGCGAAGCGGAUGCGGUGGUGACGUCGUCGGUUUCUCUGGCCGUGGCCGCGGCAAACUCGGUGGCCGGCGGCAAGAGUUUGACAGAACUGCACCGGUGCAGCGGCGACGACGACGAGGACGGGCGACACCAGGAGACAGUGUCGCUGCUAGCGCAGAACCUCAACGGUUACGUGAUCGUCAACGAGCUGAACGCGUCCAGCGUCAAGGUGCCGGCGGACGACCGGUAUCUGCUGGCCGGCGGCGGCGUGGCAAUCAUCGCGGAGGUCAACAGCAAGUCGGUAGGUAGACCGUUGGGCGGCGUUUCCUGUUCACCGAAGUCGCUGCAGACGUUCAGCAGCUGCGGCCUGUUGCGGACCACUAGCGGCGGCGCGGCCGACCACAUGCAUCUGCAGCACCACAACCUGCACUGCAGUAACCUGCAGGCACCGGCAUUCCGCGGUGCGGCCGGGUCGUCAUCGCUGUCGUCGUUGCGGUACGUCAGCACGCCGUUCCACGGAAGUACGUUGGUCAGCCUGUACGAGGACUCGCAGCCCAAGAAGAAGCAGCAGCAAGAUCAACGCCGGCGGCGGAGGCGAGACAAGCAGGACAAACAGCGGUCCGGUAAGCAGCACGAUCAGACGGAAACCGGUGAUGGCGACGGGACCGACGAGCAGCAGACGUCGACCCGACGCAAGACCGUGGCCGGCGCGCUGCAAUUGCUGUCCGACCCGUUGUUCAUCGUCAUACUCGUGUCCAACGCCACCACGGCCAUCGGUUACACGAACUCGGCCAUCCUGCUGCCGUCGUACGCCAUCAGCAUCGGCCACGACAAGAGCAGCUCGCAGUACCUGCUGUCCGUGGUGGCCGUGCUCGACCUUGUCGGCAGGGUGGGCGGAAGCACGCUGUCCGACUGGAUCCGGCUGGACAAGCGGUACUACUACCUGGGCGGGCUCGUCCUGUCCGGCGUCUCGCUGUUCGUGCUACCGUUCGCCGACGACUACCCGACCAUGUGUUUCGCGUGCGCAGCGUUCGGCCUCGGUUCCGGCGUCGUGGUCGGCAUCACGGCCGUCAUAAUGGUUGACAUGCUCGGCGAGGAGCGGCUGUCUUCGUCAUACGGCAUAUCGCUGUUCUGCAACGGGCUGGUGCAGCUAAUCGGGCCACCCGUGGCCGGGUACAUAUUCGAGACGAUCGGUUCGUACAAGCCCGUGUUCCACGGCAUGGGCGUCAUUCUGCUGUUCGGUGCCUCCACGUGGCUGCUGACGCCGUUCUUCAAGAAGAACCAUCACCGCCACUGACUGUUGCGGUCUCCACUUGUUCUCUAGAAUAAUACUACUAUUUAAUAAUACUUAGUUACACACACUUGUACACACCAAAACCCACACACACACACACACACACACACACACACACACACACUGACAUACCAUAUACUUAAAAUAUAAUAUACAAAUACACGAUUCUAUAAUAGUAGGUACUUAAGUAUGAUAUUAUACAACAAUUACAUAUAUUUUGGCAUAUCCGACUAGUAGAUGGUUAGUGUAUUAUAAAAGUUUUAUGAGCCAGUGCCGUAAUUCGGGUGUUGCAAAAGUAACACUAAAAAUAUUCAAGUUUGUAAGGGUCCUUACGCCGUUGUAUGUAUUUAUGAAAAAUAAGGUAAAUAACACUGAACUCGAUUAUCUAAGUCUAAUUUUCCAUAUUCAGGUGAUAUUAAGAUGAUUAUUGUCACGGUCGUUACCGCAUGUCAAUUAAAACCCUAUAAUUAUAGGUUUGGUUUGGCUUUUUAUUCAUCGAUAAUUUAAAGAAAAAAUUUUUUUUUUUAAUGCGAUGAUUCUUUAAUACGCUUAUUUUUGUAUCAGAAGAAGAAUUGAGGCCGUCGAGGGGGAUUGAAUAUCCAUUGAAAUAAAAGAAAGUUUGCAACACCGAAAAUGUGAAUUAAAUAUUUUACCACUGAUAUACAUGUAUAUAAAAAAAUAUUUUUUUUUUAUCAUCAUAUAAUUACAAUAAUUUAUUAAUUCAUUUAAUUCUAUAAUAUUAUAAGUACUUUGCGUUUCAUCGGGUCUAGUACAUUUAGACUCCCUACACUCUUCCCACGAGCCUGGGUCUUUAAGGGUUUAAGGGUUUCCAGUUAACCACGGAAUACAAUGGCCCGCAGAGACAACGCGACUUGAUGGAGGUCGGUCGAUUGCGGCAAGCAACUACACGAAUGGACUGAUUUUCGUUUAAACUUGUGUAGCCAUUGUUCGUAAGUACAUCAUUUCGUUACGAUAUUGACGAUUACGUGAUCGAUAUUAGUAGAUUCUCGUUAUGUGAAAUCUUAAAGGGGAAUAGGAAAAAAUUCGAAGUAUCGUUUUUUAAUUUAAAAAUAUUAUUGUAUGAAUGGUAAGCAUUUGAAAAAAUAUUAAAAAUAUCAUUAGAAGAAAAUACCCUGUUCAAUCGUCAGGAAGAUUUUGAACCCAAUUUGAACAACAACAAUGUGUGUCUAACUGAAGCACUUUCUCCACAAACUUUUCGCAAAACUACAUCAUUUCUCUUUUUCCAAAUUUUAAGCCAACCACUACUAGCUUUAAAAUUAGUGCGUCCUAGUUGUUAUGCAUAUUCGUUUGCUUUUUCAAGUAAAAUUGUUCUAUCUAAUGGUAUUUUUUAAUCAUUGUAAUGGUAGUUUCAAGGAGAAUUCAAUGUAGUUUGAGAUAGCGACGUUCGACAUAAUAAGAAUCUACUGUAUAUAAUAUUAUGUAGUUUUGAAAAAGUUACAUAUCCGAGGCGAGCCAACUUUCAUAUGAAUAGGUCUGUGCAAAAAGGAGACAACUCCAUUUACAUUAUAUUUCUUGUACGGGUGGUCAGAUUUGUCUAGUUCUUGCACAGGCAUACUGGUCGAAUUGUUCUUAGUUAAGAACUGCCAAAAACACAUUUUUAACAAAAAUGGAGUUUCUUGUUUUCGCACGGACGCCUUCAUAUUGUGUCGGCAAUGUUGGCUCAAAAAGAGCAACAUCGACAUAAGUCCACUAACUCGUGGGCAGCUGUUUAUUUUAUUUAAAUAUUUUUAUCACCGUCGGUGUGCAUUUUGUCGACUGUCAAUCAUCAUCACGGCGUAUAAAAUAUCUCGUAAAUCGCGUUUAUUAUCAUCAUCGCCGUUCGUCGACCAAAUAUAGAACAUUCCGGAUCAGUGAGCACACGUUUCGCAGUAUUUUUUUCCGCUGUGACGUAUUUUAAGUGCCCGCCUUAGGUACGCCCCUGCCACAGGAAUUCGUACGAAAAUAAUGUGUUUACUCGAGUGGCGUGCUGAACAAUUUUCGAACUCGAGGCAAAACAACACAAAACGCCAAGGACCCCUACCUACUCAAAAUAUGUUGCAGCAUUCUCGUUCCCUGCAUAAAUAUAAUUUUUUACAGACAAAAAACCGUCAUUGUUCUAAUAUUUUUGUAUUUUUAACGUUAAUCAUACACCAACCCUCACCCAUCCACCCGUUUUAGACUUGUGACAAUCACCUCGAUUGGGAAACCCUCGGGCAUACCAUUUCCACUGUUACUACCUAUAUAUACCGACACGAUCGUGUACAUACCAUAUCGCUAUCACAUAUUAUUAAUAUAUUAAAAUGAGUUCCUCGUUUGUGCGUUUAAGUAUUAUAAUAUAAUAAUUAUACCAAAUUUAUUGGUAAAUAAUAUUAUCACUUUAAGAUUUGUACACACCACACAAAUCAAUCAAUUAAAAUACCCAAUGGUCACACACGUGCGAUUUUUAAUGUCGACGGCGCUAACCAUUUUUGUUUCGAUCCUUAUACCUUCAUACCGAUUCUUCCAACCCCCGACGUCGCAUUUUAUAUUUAAUACUAUUAUAUUACCUAUUAUAAUUAAUAUUGUCGUUUCACUCCACGGACGACUUAUGUCAAUGGGCUGUAGAAUGCGAAUAACAAUUAACAAACCCGUUUUAGACUAAAUAUAUUAUGCUAAUAAGUUUAUACACUGUAAUGACGUAUAUAGGUAAACCUAUUGUUGGUAUUUUUUUUUUUUUACUUUAAAUCACUCUUCCCCCAAACUUCCAUGCUCACAACCCUCGUGUUUAUAUUAUACGAGCUUCGACGACCCUCGAAUAUUCACCCAUUGACGAUUAUUAUUCUAUAUUAUAUAUUUGUUGGAACCAAAACGACGAAUUUAAA